AUGCAGUCCUACAUUGGUGUGUUGGCACGCUCCAGAGUCCCACUUAUGGACAAGAAAUGGGCUGAAAUCCCCAAUGAUAUAAAAGAGCAGAUUUGGGAAGCCGUUGACAUGGCUUUUGUGUCUGAUCAAUUGGAGGAAACCAUGCCCGAGGUAGAAAUUGAUCGAUCUACCUUAUGGAAGAAAGCUAGACAAGACAAACAUGGUAACAUCCCGGAUCCAUAG